UCCUGGUCACACGGAUUUAAAGAGCGGGCUAAUCCUCCAGAGAAAUUGUAGAUCCCUUGGAACCGGCGCCACCAUGGACUACGACCUUUUCCAGUCGGACGACGAGGAGGACAUCCUCACGGCCUUCAACCAGGUCACACAGCAGCUCAAGCAGGAUGCCCUCAACGCACCAAUGGCUAUUGACGACGGCGACGAGGAGGAGGACUUGGACGAUGGCCUAGACUGGCUACCGGAAUUCUGCUGCAGCGGCAGGGACACACAGAAGACGCCGCUGCCGGCCGAGGGAUUCCUGCGCAGCGGCUACGCUGAAGUGAAACCGCCGCAGUGUCGCCUGGAAAACCUGUGCUUUGACUUUGCCGAGGGACAACUGACGGUGGCCGCGGUGCGAAACUACCUGCACGGCGAGGCCUGCAAGAGUGUGCAGAAGCUAUUUGCCGCUGUGGCCGGCCAGCAGCAAUUGGCGCCGACGCAGGCUUUGCUCUCGUCGUCAAUGGGCUCUGGUGGUUCCGGCUGGUUUCGCGUCCGCCAGCAGGUUACCCACUUCUACCACCUGCUGCUCCGCCUGCGCCCGGAGGACCAGCGGCUGUUUCACGAGGACCUGCGGCUGCUGCUCAACAAUCAGCUGGACACGGAGGAGGCCUGGAAGGUGCUGUACUUUGCGGAGCACAGCAAGGGCAACGAGUGCCAGGCGCCGGCCUAUCAUCUUUACCAUGGCAUUCUCGAGUGGCGCUUCCUGGAUCUACUCCUGCUAGCCGCGGGAGAGGGCGAGGGCGAGGACCAAGGUAGCCUUCUGGGACAGCUGGAGCGCACGCUGGACGACCUGAUUGUGUGUGCGGGGCAUCAUUACCGGAGCCGACAUCGCCCGGAACUCAUACACACCUCGCCGUUCGUGUGCCGCUGCACCAAGGAGCUGUGGCUGCUGCUGCAGCGCCUCGUCCCGCUGUGGCUGGGCGAGCGGGAUCUUGAUUUCUGGCUGCUGUUCCACAAGGCCAUGCUCCGUCACAGGUUCAAGUAUUUUCCGGGGGAAACCAAUGCCGUCUCCUUGGCCUUCCACGAGUUCUACGCCUGGCUACGACUGGGCCUGGCCCGCCUGGAUGAACUGCAGCCGCAACAGGAGAUUAUGCUGCCCAGCAGUGGUAGCUUCCAAACGGCAUCUUUGCUGAAACAAUUCCUGGCCAGCCAGCCGGAUGAGCAGCAGCGUCGCGUCUAUUUCUCGCUACUCGCUCCCCUGCAGCUUCAGCUGGGCCAGCCGGACGUGGAUGUGCUAUGCCAGCUGUGGGAGUAUCUGCACCGCUCCCUCAACUGCAACUUCAGUGCGGGAGGCGGCAGCGAGCAGCUGGACCAGUUGCCACUGACCUGUCACAGUGGCGCGGCCUACGUGGAGCGCUAUACCAGGCUGCUGGCCAGGACGCAGCUGGAGGAUCUCAAUCUCAGCAGCUUCACCACCUACGCCUGGCUGCUGGGCCGGACACUGAAGCUGGGUCGGAGUAACCAGCGCCAGAAGCUGCUGGGCCGCAUCUUCAGCAAGUUCAGUGCCGCCAAGCUGCUGGCGCUCAAUGAGCCCGGGAUCCACCAUGUGAUCGAGCUCUUCCUGUGCCUGCUGCUCUCGCAGGAGGACAUCGCCGAGCUGGCCGUGAAGCUGCGCGAAAUGCUGCUCUGUCUGGCGCUGGACAAACUGCCGCCGGUGCGUCGAGUCCUGGUGGCAAAGGGCCAUAUGGCGCUACUGCUCCUGCACGCCCAGCAUCGCCUCGCCAUGGAGGACUAUGUGGGCAAGCUGCUGGGCCAGCUGGGUGCCAUUCGCAACGACGUGGAGGUGGGCGCCGUCUACGCGGGCAGCCUGCAGGCCAUCUUCGACCUGGCGGACGACUUCGGUCGCGGCGAGGACCUGCUGCUGGGGCCCUGGCUGACGCAUUACGUGGAGAGGAGCGGUCAGGCGUCGCAGGAUCGGGUGUGGCAGACCCUCCAUGCGCUGAUCCUGCGCCUUGGGGAGCCGCGUGCCAGUAGUAGUGGCAUGGCGGAGGCCCUGCAGCAGCACAUACUGCCGCUGCUGAGGACGCAGUAUGUCAGCGGGCACAGUUCAUGGUUGCCCAAGCUGGCCGCCAAGUUUGUGGGAAUCCUGGAUAAGGAGAAGGGUGACAAGCUGCUAAUGGGCUUCCUCCAGGGACCAGAGCCCAUAAACCUGGCCGCUUCUGCCCAGCUGAUGCUCCAAGUCCUGGAGGACAACGCAGGAGGAUCCCUGCGGCGGCCCUCGAACGCCACGAUCCUGCAGGUGUGGGUCAAGUCCUUGGUCCUCCUCAAUGCCCAGCAUGAGACGGUCCUGGCCCUAAUGCCGCACGUGACGCAGCUGGAGGAGUUCCGCCAGCUGGCCAUUGACCCCUCGGCCCUCGAGGGCGGGCGUGAGCCACUCUGCGGCUUCUUCGGAGCCCUGGGCAGGCGGGCCCAGCAGGAGGAGACGGCGGCGCCACAUGUGCGCAUGCAGUUGAGCCACAAGCUCCACGCCUAUGUCCACCACUUUGAGCUGUGGCUCUCUCCGGAGCGAUUGCGCUCCGAGCUGGGGUCGCGCUUCUUCAGCUUCCUGGCCAUCGUCAUCUACAACUGCCCCAGCCUGGCGUACGUGCGCUCCAAGCCGAGCUGCUUCUUCCACCUGGCCAUGGUCCGGUUCCUGCUCACCACCCAGCUGCAGGCGGGCGUGCCACCCGAGGGCCGGUUGCCGCAGAUGGUGCACAAGAUCUUCCCCGUGCUGCUCCAGGGGAUCGGACGUCUGCCCUACCGCACCGAUGCCUAUGUGGGCAAGACGCUGGAGCAACUCGUCCAGCACUGGACGCCCCACUUUGGCUUCUCGCCCAACGCCAAGCUGGUGGCCCGUCCAUAUGCCACCCUCCUGCAGGCGGACGUGGAGGCCAGCAGCGAUGGUGGUGCCUUGACGCAGUUCGUCCUGCAGCUGUUGGUCAGCCAAUUUCUGGUGGUGCAGCGGCGAAAGGCGGGCCAGCAGGCGGGUCUCGUGAUCGGCAUUCUGCAGCAACUGAUCGAGGGCAUACCCGUGGAACAGGAGCAGCAGCUGAUCACCGUCCUGCGCGGCGUCCAUGUGCCGCUGCUGGAGCACGUGAUGUUCGUGGACGAACUGGAUUACAGCCGCAACCAGGUGCUGGGCCUGUACCGGGUUUUGGUUCAGCAUGGCGGCUUCAAGCGGCACCCGGCUGUCCGGGACAUGUGCUCCUCCCAUCUGCGAUCGCUGGCGGAGAAGCAUCUGGCCCACUGCACCUACUUCUACUUCCAAAUGCUGAUUCAGUUGGCGGGUAUACAGCCCGAUUUGGUGGCGCCCCUCCUGCCCUUUGUGCGUGAGCAGGCCCAGCAGGUGGAGCUGAAGCGGGGCGCCGGCGAGGAUGUGGGCAUCCGGAAGUGCCUGCAGCGAUUGCAAAGGGUGCUAAUGGGAUAGAACCUGGUCUUUGGUAAGCUAAUAAAUGCGCGAGUUUAA